AUGAUACCAGAUCACUCAUAUAGAUUUGACCCGAACAUUCCUGGAGUCGGCAAGCAGGCCAUGCUCGACUGGAUGCUUAUCAAUCGGGCUAUGACACCCAUCAGGAAAAACGCACACAAGAACGAAGUAGCCCAGAAGGUGCGAGAGGCGCAACCCGACCUCUUUCCUGACCCAUUCAGCGAAGAGCCUCUGAGUCUGGACUGUCAUUCUACAGCAUCAGCAAACUCACACCAGCCGGAAUUGUCCGCUCCAACAAACGUGAAAGAAAAAGGAGGUGUCCUCAGAAUGAAACGGAGUUCAUCGCCUGGGAACCCCGUCCCCCCAAAAAAGAGGGUAGUAUCGGGCAAAUCUUCCUUGUCGAAAAGUACGCUUCGCUCAAAAUUACCUGAACCUGAAGCCCUAGAUCAAGGCGUUAUUAGAACUGAUGGAAAGGUAAAAAAAAAGAGUGUUCGAUACGAAGGCUUACCCAGCCCAAAAGCUCCUGGUCCUCAACCCACGGUGCUCAAGGAGGAAAAGCUUCAACCCUUUCAUUUGAAUUCUUUAGAACGUUGUCCUAGUAAUGGCAUUUCGAAGCUAGAAGACCUAAAGCCAUUCCACAACCUUCAAAAACCGGACGCUGUUCCUCAAAGGAAGGCAAAUUCGUCGAUUGUUCCUUCAAUCAUUCCUUUAAACUCCGCUACUCACAUCACCAAGCAAGAAUCGCAGCAAGAACCGCUUGUGUCCUUGACUCCCGAGGACACCACACUGCUUGAACAAGCAGGUCUCAGCACUUACGACAAUGAUCUUAUAUCCUUUCCAGAUCUGGAUUUAUUUGAGCUUGAAAACAUUGACAUUUCACCAAUUGUGCCAGAUUCUCAGAGUCUUCAGAUCACUUCGAAUUCUAGCACGGCGAUUUCAAACAAUGAGAGUGACGCAAACUCGUCCAACCAUAACUUAAAGAGGACAGGUGUCAAUGUAUUCCAGGAUGAGAGACGUAGAUCUCUUCAAUGCAAUAAUCUUUAUAUAAUAGUGUCUACACUUGAAGAACGUAUGGAUUCUAUGGAGAAAAAAAUCGAUUCUCUUCAGGAGCUUCAAGAACGUGUGGCAAUUGUUGACGAGGGCAUUCAAGUGGUUCGAGAGCGCAUCGCUUGGGUGGAAGCUGACACUCGAAAGCACAUAAAAUCCUUCAAAGAAGUCACGGAAACUCGUAUGAAAAAUUAUGAACAGAAGUUGGAAGAUUCCGCUCAGCGUUGA